AUGUCUUUCGAACACAACCCCAAUGACCCCGUGGUAAUUGUCGGCAUGGCUUGUCGACUGCCCGGGGGGGUGUCCUCGCCUACCGACUUUUGGGAGAUGCUGAUCAACGAACGCUCGGGUCAAUGCAAUGUACCAAAGACCCGAUUCAAUGCAGACGGGUUCUUCCAUCCCGAGGGUGAUCGUGCUGGGGUGAUGAACACCCGCGGAGGUUAUUUUCUGCAGCAGGAUGUGCGCCAGUUUGAGAACUCCUUCUUUGGGAUCAACAACCUGGAGGCAACAUACAUGGAUCCACAGCAACGAAAGUUGCUAGAGGUGGUCUACGAAUGCUUCGAAAGCGCCGGAGUAUCGCUCCAACAGGCGGCCGGGGCCGACAUUGGAGUCUAUGUCGGCAACUUCACGGUGGACUUCCAAACCAUGCAAGCCCGAGAUCCCGAGGCCUUGCACCGGUACAGUGCCACGGGCUCAGGGACGGCAAUCUUGUCGAAUCGACUAAGUUAUAUCUUCGAUCUUCGUGGUCCUAGUUUCACACUCGAUACGGCAUGCUCAUCGUCCAUCUAUUGUCUCCACAGUGCAGUCACUGCGAUCAAGGCGGGCGAAUGCGAAGGCGCGGUGGUGGCUGGGGCGAACUUGAUUAUGGGCCCGGAGCAGCAUCUCGGUACCAUGAAGGGAGGGGUCUUGUCCCCAACCUCCACCUGCCAUACCUUUGAUGCCAGCGCUGACGGCUACGGACGUGCCGAGGGUGUCAGUGCCCUGUAUAUCAAACGCUUGUCGGCUGCCCUGAGAGAUGGUGAUCCCAUCCGUGCGGUCAUCCGCGGCAGUGCGGUAAAUGCAAAUGGCAAAACCUCUGGGAUCACUCAGCCCAGUAUUGCGGGACAGGCCGAAGUUAUCCGCAAAGCCUACCGCGUGGCUGGGAUUGAUGCACAAGACACCGAAUACGUCGAGUGCCACGGCACGGGCACUGCAGUCGGCGACCCCAUGGAGGUUGAGGGUCUGAGUCGAGUUUUCGUGCGCAAAGGAAGGUCACCUUUGCUCAUUGGUGCUAAUAAAACCAAUGUCGGCCACAGCGAGGCAGCCAGUGGGAUCACGGCCGUGAUCAAGGCGAUCCUUGCCUUUGAGCACAAAGCUAUUCCUGCCACCAUUGGCGUGGUCAACUUGAAUCCAAAGUUGAAAUUGGAUGAGUGGAAUAUGAAGAUUGUGACUAGGCUGACCGACUGGUCCUCGAAUGUGCGCCGUGUCAGUAUUAACUCUUUUGGCUAUGGGGGUGCUAAUGCCCACACGUCUCUAGGCGACAACCCACUUCCCGACACGAGCUUUUUACUUCCGCUGUCUGCCUCAACCUCUGAGGCUCUGGAUGCCCGGGUAGUCGAUUUGGGCCACUACAUCCAGAAUGCCAACGAGAUAGACUUUGUCAGUCUGGCACAUACUCUGGCGAACCGCCGUUCCAAGCUCUCUCGGCGAGGAUACAUUCUUGCCAGUCCGGCAACAGCCAAGACCGAUCUCACCGUGGGGAAUCUGGUCUCAACUGCUCUCCCGGGCCGUGACCUCGUCUUUGUUUUCACAGGCCAGGGUGCUCAGUGGGCCGAGAUGGGUCGCCAGCUGCUGGAGAAGAGUUACGUCUACCGUAAGACCAUUGAAGAGCUCGAUAAUGUGCUCCAAAGUCUGCCCGAGGCGCCUGAGUGGUCGAUCAGGGAUGCGCUCCUGGAAUCUGCGCCUCACAGUCGGGUGGGCGAUGCGAGAUUUUCCCAACCGUUGUGUACUGCCGUCCAGAUCGGACUCGUCAAGCUGUUGGCCUCGUGGGAAAUCCACCCUCAGAUGGUCGCUGGCCACUCGUCGGGCGAGAUUGCGGCUGCAUUUGCCGCGGGCUUGCUGAGUGAGGCCCAGGCUAUCAUGGUUGCCUAUUAUCGAGGUUAUGUGGUCGGACAGUUGCGGUCUCAGGGCUCCAUGAUGGCGUUCGGGGGCAGUGUUGAAGAUGCCCAGCAGUUGAUUCAGAAGCUAUCGCUGCAAGAAGAAGUAGUUGUUGCCUGUGUCAACUCGCCUGAGAGUGUAACGCUUUCGGGCAGCGUCUCCGGCAUCGAUUCCCUUUUACAGGCUGCCUCGCAGAUGGGAAAGUUCGCUCGGAAGUUACAGACUGGUGGCAAGGCCUACCAUUCGUACAUGAUGCAGGAGGUUGGGGAACAAUACAGUCGCCUCAUUGAGGCCGCCUGGCCAGCCCUUCCGGCCAACGCCAGUGAGCGCGAGGUGCGAUUCUUCUCCAGUGUGGGCAUCGAUGGCCCCAAUUGGUACAGCAGCAAAACCAGCAAGACCCUGCCGCUGAGCUACUGGCGCCAGAACCUUGAAAGUCCCGUUCAAUUCACAGCUGCCAUCACCCGCAUCCUGGAGGAGAAGGGAAAGUCUCAUCUGAUCGAGAUUGGGCCGCACUCCGCCCUGCAGUUGCCCAUCAAGCAGAUCCGCAACUUCCUGGCCCAGUCCGUGGAUGAUGUCCCAUAUAGUGCGACCCUGGUCCGUGACAAAGAUGCCAUCUCUUGCCUGCGAGUCCUUGCAGGGGAGCUGUAUCUCCGUGGACACGAUCUGGACAUCAUGGCUGUCAAUGACGCUGCACCUGCCACCGCCAGAGUUAUCCCAGAUCUUCCCCCAUACCACUGGAGCUAUACACAACUACUGUGGCGGGAGUCGAGACUCAGUAGCGAUCUUCGUAACCGACAGCAUCCGCGUCAUGAGUUGUUGGGAUCGGAGAUGGCUGCGCUGAACGGGAUUGACCGGGUGUGGAAGAAUACAGUGAGGCUAUCCGAGGUGCCCUGGCUGGAGGACCACAAGCUGGAAAGUCAGGUUGUCUUUCCAGCCGCGGGCUAUAUCGCCAUGGCAAUCGAAGCGCUGUCUCAGAUUACCGGGGCUGUGGCACCGAGUCCCUCCUUUUCAUUGCGCAAUGUCAACAUCGCGACUGCGUUGGUCAUAUACGCCGACGAACAGCAACAGGCCGAUCUCUAUACUACCGUCUCCCCGGCUCGCAUCUCCAAGGCGGCUGCCUCCAGCAACUGGUAUGAAUUCAGCAUCUCGUCCCGCCAGGAGCAAAGCACGGUGUUGCAUUGCACUGGCCGCAUCAGGCUGGGAACUGAUGCCCCUGCGCCUACGGUCUUAGUUAACGCCGUUGACUACGAGGAAUGGACGAUGGGGUCCUGGUAUGCCAAACUGGCCAAGGAAGGGCUCGCAUUCGGGCCCGCCUUUCAGUCCCUGACAUCUAUGAAGACGGAUAAGAGGCGAGUCAACCCAGCUGCGGUGUCCAAAACCGCCAUUCUGCAGCGCAGGGGUCGGUCGUCGGGCUAUCCUGGUGACUAUUAUACCGUUCAUCCCCUCACUAUUGAUGCCUGUUUGCAGGCCGCUAUCAUGGGUGGCACAGCGGGAAAUCUCGGACAGCUUCGUGCCCACCUACCUGUAUUCCUCGACCAUUGCGAGAUCAGCACCCCAGUCAUUGAGAGUGUGAACUCGGCCGGAUUGAUCCAUACCGAGUCCCAGAGCACUGGCUUUGGUACGAAGACUAUUGACGCCACAUUGAACGAUGACUCCGGCUCUGCGGUGAUCAAUCUGCGGGGAGUUCGCUUAUCCCUGUACAUGGGACGCCCCGAGCUUGAGCACUCUUCCUCCCUAGCUCGUCACCCCUGUUUGCGUGUCGUAUGGAAACCUGAUCUGUUGCGGGUGACCGCAGACGACGAAAUGCCAUUCCGAAACUACAUCACCCACUUCCUCCACAGCCACUCUGAUUUGGCGGACAACACCAAGGUUGGCGUGGUGGCCGCCCUGCUAGAUCUCGCUGCGCACAAGAACCCACGCCUACGCGUGUUGGAGCUUGGCAAUGGAUGCGACUGCAAGACACGCGAGUGGCAGGAUAUCCUCGACCAAAAGACGGAUUUUCCCCGGAUUCGAGAGUGGAAGACGGCGGACGGCGGGGAGGUCGAUGGGAAGUACGACGUGGUUCUGCUCCCUCACGACGCCAGAGGCCGAUCUAUGGCCCAGAUCAACCAUUUGCUCAGCCUAGUCGAGAGUAAUGGCAUACUUGUGGCGCGAACAGGGUCUCUCACAUUAGCUCAGCUGGGGGGCCGUGAUUAUACAGUGUUAAACCUGCAAUUCGGCAUCACCCUCGUCGUUCCUUCUCGGCCGCUGCGCACAUCUCACAACCGGUUGGUUCUGCUGCAUCAGCACGCUUUGAAGAUUGCCGAUGUCUUCAAACAAUUCUUUGGGUCUGAGAACCUGGUUGUUGCCUCCCUGGAUAACGUGACGGCGGAGAUGAUCUCGCGGGCAACGGUCAUCUCUCUACUCGAGCUGGAGACCCCGUUUCUGCCCACCAUGACCCCGGAGCAGAUGACCAAAUUCAAGAUUGUGACGGAUAAUGCCCAUGACCUCAUUUGGCUGACCGGAACUGCUACCAUGAAGGGCGAGGCACCAGAUCUCUCUCUGUCUGGUGGUCUCUCACGAGCGCUCAUGCUAGAACAGCCGGCACUUCGCUUUGUGACCUUCGAUGUAGGUCGAUUGACGGAUCAUGCAAGCCAUCUGGAUGUCUGCGGCAAGGUCCAGGACAUUCUUCGCACCGACGAUCUGGCGGAGGACAAGGAAUUUGUCUGGCACAAUGGCCUCGUGCAUGUGAGUCGAUUCGUGCCUGAAACCACACUCAACGAUCUCUUCCGGAAGAAAGAAUCAGCCGAGAUCGACACCAUGACGCUUGAAGAGGCAUCCUCGGCUCGUCUGGCCAUUGAGCGUGUGGGAAUCACGGACUCAAUCUACUUCCAGAGACUGGCAGACAGCCCCACGGUGAUUCCGGCGGGCCAGGUCGAAAUCGAGGUCAAGGCUGUCAGCUUGAACGCCAAAGACAUCUACACUCUCUCUGGCAAGGUGGAGACUCGCAAAGGCACCGCAGCCAUUGAGUUCAGUGGCAUUGUUCGCAAUGUGGCCUCGGAUGUCACCCAUCUUGCGGCGGGCGAUCGUGUCGUCGUGCUCGCACCCAACACCUUUAGUACGGUAGAACGCGUGCCGGCAUGGGCAUGUCAAAAGAUGCUUCCCCAGGAGAGCUUUGAUGUGAUGCCCACACUACCGGUUAUCUACGGCACCGCCCUAUAUGCUCUUGACGACCGCGCCCAUCUGCGUGCGGGUGAGAGCAUCCUGGUGCACUCCGGCGCCGGUGCCUUCGGAGCCGCUACCAUUGCGAUUGCCAUGCAACGCAGCGCCACGGUAUAUGCCACCGUCAGUACUGAAGAGAAGAAGGAUUACCUUGUCUCUGAAUUGGGGGUACCCCGGGAGAACAUUUUCAACUCGCGCGAUGAUUCAUUCGUGGCCGGGGUGCUGAAGGCCACUGGCGGACGCGGCGUGGACGUGAUUGUCAACUCCCUGACUGGGGACCUCCUUCACGCCACCUGGCAAUGUUGUGCCAACUUUGGUCGUUUCGUCGAGGUAGGGAAGCGCGAUAUUAUUGAUGCUGGGAACCUCGACAUGCGCAUGUUCCUACGCAAUGCCACCUUUACCGCAUUCGACUUGACCGAACUCUUCUAUCACCAAGAUGAGCACUACCGGAACAUUUGGACUACCAAAUUUGCGGAAGCGUUGGAGCUCUACCGCUGCGGUGCGGUCAAGCCUGUUCCCAUCACCACCUUCGACGUCAGCGAGAUCAGCCAGGCAUACCGCUUCUUUUCGACCAAAGGGCGCAUCGGUAAGGUCGUGAUCUCCUUACAGAAUCCCUUCAGUGUGAUCCGUGUGGCUCAUGCCCGUCACCUCACCACCUUCGACGCGAACAAAUCGUAUCUGCUCGUGGGUUGCCUGGGUGGUUUGGGCCGGAGCCUCAGUCGGUGGAUGUUCGAGCGCGGCGCUCGUCACUUCACUUUUCUGGGCCGGUCUGGAUGUGAUAAGCCGGCCGCGCGCGAUCUCGUUGCUGGCCUGGAGGCAGCCGGGGCGACUGUUCAAGUCGUGCGGGGUGAUAUCAUCAACGCUGAGGACGUGCAGGCGGCGGUCGAGGCGUGCAUUCGACCCAUCGGGGGAGUCAUUCAGGCGGCGAUGGGGCUGAGCGAGGCGCUCUUUUCGACCAUGACCCCCAAGGCCUGGCACACGGGCAUCCAGCCCAAAUGGCAGGGAACCUGGAACCUCCAUCAUGCUCUCGAGGCUCACGGCGACGCUGCGCUGGACUUCUUCCUUCUCACCUCAUCCGUGUCGGGUAGUGUGGGCACCGCCACCGAGUCCAACUAUUGCUCUGCCAACGGCUUCCUGGAUGCCUUCGCCCGCUACAGGCGCGGCCUCGACAAGCCCAUCGUCUCCGUCGGUCUGGGCAUGAUCUCCGAGGUUGGUUAUUUGCAUGAGAACCCAGAGAUCGAGGCCCUCUUGUUGCGCAAGGGCAUUCAGCCCCUCAAUGAAGCCGAGCUCAUCCAGGUCAUCGAUCUUGCCCUAGCACACACAGCAGCCACCGGGCUAACCUCGAAGGCUCCGGGUCUGGACUACGACCCCUUGGCGGCUUCUCACAUUCUCACUGGCCUUGAACCGCACGGAAUUCGUCAACUGCUCGAUCGCGGCUUCGAUGUCAACAACGGAACGAUGCAGGAUCCCCGCGCUGUUCUUCUAUCUGCCUCCCUGGAUGCCCCCUCCGCCUCGACGUCCGCCAAUGCAGCCUCUGUCAGCACCGUUUCAGUGUCCGCCCUCCCCUGGGCUGCUGGCAUCCCUGCAGGGGUCCUCAGGACCAUGGCGACCACUCCCGAGGUGGCCACUGCGGCGACUCUGAAUGCCGCCAUUCUCCUCCUGGUCCGCAAGCGUUUUUCCAAUCUGCUGCUGAUGGAUCUGGAUAAGAUCGUCUCGGAUAAGCCCAUCACUUCGUAUGGAAUGGACAGCAUGAUCGCCUCCGAGUUCCGCUCCUGGUUCUACACUGUGUUCAAGGUAGAUAUUCCAUUCCUGGAGGUGCUGAAUGAUACCUCCUCCUUGCAGAGCUUGUCCAACGCGGUGGAGAGCAAGCUGGUGGUUUGA